CAGCGCUGUUUUCCGCCGCCGGGCGCCAGCCGCGGCCGAGGCCCGAGCGCUGACCGACUGAGCGGACGGCGGGCGCUUCGCUGCGGGCUGUUGGCCGCGCGGGCUGCUGGGCCGCGCACCUUCCUGCUCUUCGGCUCAGGUGCCCUUGGACAUGGUGGCCCCCGGCUCGGUGCGCAGCCGGCUGGGCGCGGUGUUCCCGUUCCUGCUUGUCCUGGUGGACCUGCAGUACGAAGGUGCUGAAUGUGGAGUAAAUGCAGAUGUAGAGAAGCAUCUUGAAUUGGGAAAGAAGUUACUUGCAGCUGGACAGCUGGCCGAUGCCUUAUCUCAGUUUCAUGCUGCAGUCGAUGGUGACCCUGAUAACUAUAUUGCAUACUAUAGGAGAGCUACUGUCUUCUUAGCCAUGGGAAAAUCCAAAGCAGCACUGCCUGACUUAACGAGAGUGAUUGAACUGAAGAUGGAUUUCACUGCGGCAAGAUUACAGAGAGGUCACUUACUACUCAAACAAGGCAGGCUCGCCGAAGCAGAGGAUGACUUUAAGAAAGUGCUCAAAUCUAAUCCAAGUGAGAAUGAAGAGAAGGAAGUCCAGGCUCAGCUCGUAAAAGCCGAUGAGAUGCAGCGCCUGCGCGCCCGAGCACUCGGUGCCUUUGACAGCGCCGACUACACUGCGGCUAUAACCUUCCUUGAUGAGAUUUUAGAGGUUUGUGUUUGGGAUGCAGAAUUGCGUGAGCUGCGAGCAGAGUGCUUCAUAAAGGAAGGAGAGCCUAGGAAAGCCAUCAGUGACUUAAAGGCUGCUUCAAAGCUCAAGAAUGACAACACAGAGGCGUUUUACAAGAUCAGCAUUCUCUACUACCAGCUAGGAGACCACGAGCUGUCUCUCAGUGAAGUUCGUGAAUGUCUGAAACUUGACCAGGACCACAAGCGGUGUUUUGCACACUAUAAGCAAGUGAAGAAACUUAACAAGCUGAUUGGGUCAGCUGAAGAGCUGAUCAGAGACGGGAGAUACACAGAUGCAACCAGCAAAUACGAAUCCGUCAUGAAGGCAGAGCCCGGUGUUCCUGAGUACACAGUCCGCUCCAAAGAAAGGAUCUGUCACUGCUUCUCCAAGGAUGAGAAGCCAGUCGAAGCCAUUAAAAUAUGCUCUGAAGUUUUACAGCUGGAGCCCGACAAUGUAAAUGCUCUGAAAGAUCGAGCGGAGGCCUAUCUAAUAGAGGAAAUGUAUGAUGAAGCCAUCCAGGACUAUGAAGCUGCCCAGGAACAGAACGAAAACGAUCAGCAGAUUCGGGAAGGCUUAGAGAAAGCACAGCGGUUACUGAAACAGUCACAGAAGCGGGAUUAUUAUAAAAUCCUGGGAGUAAAAAGAAAUGCCAAAAAACAAGAAAUCAUUAAAGCAUACCGAAAGUUAGCACUGCAGUGGCAUCCAGAUAAUUUCCAGAGUGAAGAGGAAAAGAAAAAAGCAGAGAAAAAGUUUAUUGACAUAGCAGCCGCUAAAGAAGUCCUCUCCGACCCAGAAAUGAGAAGGAAGUUUGAUGACGGAGAAGACCCUCUUGAUGCGGAGACUCAGCAAGGAGGUGGUAGCAAUCCCUUCCACAGAAGUUGGGACUCAUGGCAAGGGUUCAAUCCCUUCAGCUCAGGCGGACCGUUUAGAUUUAAAUUCCACUUCAAUUAAACCAGCUAUUUUACUGCUCCUCUUCUUUAUUAUUAUUUUUAACAUUAAAAACAAAUUUUGUUUGGGAUUCUAAUGGAAACAAAAUGGAACAAAUCUUUUAGUUUGUCCACGACCAAAGAGUUGUUUGAAGAAAAAAAGCUGUGCUUAUUGUAGACUUAAGGUUGAUGGGGCUGUCAAGGUGGGAAGCAAGGAAUUGUAUUUCUGACCGAGCAGGACUCUCACUUUGUGACUUCUGGGAGAAGUGGUCUGAGGUAGUUACCCUGUGCAGGGGUUAAAAGACAUUAAAUAUGCAUUUGUCACCCUGGGGCAGACAGAGUCUAUUCAGGCCUCUGUACCAACCAUGAGGAGGAGCUGUGACCCUUAGAUGGCUUGUGUCUCAGUAUUCUUAAGGGAGCCGAAUAGUUGAGCUUUAUUUUCUGAGGAACAGUUGUGCUUAGACUUUGGUCAGUCCAUUCACUUGCAAGUAUUUCUGUGCCUGUGUCAGCACAGCUCUCACUGCAGGCGGGAGGCCAUCUUUUCGGAAGCUUCCCGGCAGGUGGUAGGUGAUAAGGCCAGGCGUUGUUAUUUUAUAUCUAUAGGAGAAUACCAAUUUCACUUGAAUUGUUAAACUAAACAGAGUAAGUUAAAAUAUAUGAAAGAGGCUCUGUGUAUUUUAGAUAAUACUUUUGAAAGUCAGUUUGACAUAUACUUUUUAAGAAGCGAAGUUCCAAGUUGUUUGGUAGAAAUUUCCUGUCACAAAAUUGGUUUAGGAAUGGAAAUUUGUGAACAUGAGCAGAGCAUAUGGUUGCCUCUUAGGCAGCGUGGUGAGGCAGCGUCUCCUUCCCUACAUGUUUAGUCCAGCUCUCUUGGCUGUACUGUGUGCUGGGUUUUAGACUGGAUGUUCCCUGGUUUAUUUUUCUGCUGAGAAGAAGAGACUUGCAAAUCCAUCCAGCUCUGCUGUGCACCCUCUAUCACCUCACAUAACAAGAUGGCACUUCCUCCUGCCCGAGACAUUCUUUGUCCCUCUUACUUUAAGAAAUGUACGAUUCAGUAUCUCAUACUGAAGACUUUCUGUCCUAAAAAUCUGUUGCUAAAUCAAGAACAUUGAAUAUUUAUGGAACUACUGAUGAAAUACUCUGGUAAGAAUUAUCACCUCUAUUCUAGAAAGUUUUUUUUUUUUUUAACAUUGUGAGAAAGCUUGGGCAUAAAGGUCUAAUACGUCGCUUUUAUGAAAUGAAACAUUUCAGUUGAUUGUGGGAGCACGAAUGUAGCCAAGCCCAGGUCAUUUUCUUAACCUGUAGUCAUCCUAGGGAGAUGUAGAAAAGGACUGUGUGAAACGCAAGAACAAGAAUCGCACGGUUGAGUUGGGCAAACACGUGAGUGCUUUCGGCCUCACUCAGGAGCCUGUUCCUUACUGAACACCUAACGGUGCAUUUCCAAACACCUUUCAGCCUUCAUCUCACCUCAGUGUCUCAACAUUCAGGGCAGGCAAGAAAACGUGCAGCUUUUAUCCUAGUAGAGACGGGCAGAGGCAGAUGGAUUCCUGAGAUUGAGGCAGCUUGGUUUACAGAGUGAGCUCCAUGCCAGGUCCUCUACCAAAUACUCAGUUCAUCCAAGCCAGGGUGAGGCACUGCAGGGAGAUAAAACACUCUUGUGUUUUCAAGUCCUAGUAAUCUUACGCUAGCGACUUAUGUUGCAGUUGUCUUUCAGUCUGACUCCUGUGAUGAUGUCACUGACGGCAUCUGUGCGUGUGCUUUGCAAAGACCCGUGCUCACCAGCAGAACAAAGGAGGCAUCACCGUGCUUCCCCUCCCACUUAGAGGGAUGCUGACAGGGUUAAAUUAAGGUGGGCUGCAUGGAUCCUGCAUGUGUCCCACACUAGCUGCCUCCUAACUUGCUUCCCAGAGAGGUUUUUUUUUCUUUUCCCUCCUACUUGUAACUGAAGAGUAGGCUUUCUCAUUGCAAACUCUGGUGCCAAAGGCAGCUGCCACGCAGAUGAGGUAGUUCGUCCUCUGUGCUGAGCGGUGAGAUAGGGAUGCCCAGUGUGUUCCAGCCUGCGUGCUGUCCAGACGAGUCACAGUGUCAAACAGUGGCUCCUUCUACCUGCCUGACACAGGCACCAUGGAGCCACACUACCAACAAAGCAUUCUCUGCCCUUUUCCUUUUCUUUCUGCAGAGCUGCUUCCGCAUUCCAAUUUCCAUUUUUAGGAAGUGCAGGUAACCUUUGUGGUAAUUCUGGGGAAAGUAUGAUUGAAGUUCACCUCGGCUGCACUCUGUUCUGUUCAUAGACUUUCCCUCCUUUGUGGUGAGCUCUCUAAGUGCAUGGCCACUGGGCUGUGUUCAGUGCUCAUUGCUCAGGAAGGAGGAGAAGCCUCUGCUAGAGGGGCCACUCCUCCUAUUUCACUUCUCAUUUCUAAAGGUUUACUCUUUCUAUGAAUAGAAGAAAACCUGAAAAACAUCUCGGUAGUUUAUUAAUGUGAAUUGGAUGUAACAUCUUAAUUUAAAAUUAUCUGUAGUCAGUGUUAAAAGUCUGUUUUUAAAUAGCAGUAUGCAGAUUUGUCACUGGAGUUCUGAUAAUGAAUGCAAUUUUUUUUUUUUUUAAAAACGUAAGCAGGCUCAUGCCUGUAGUCCCAGAAUGUGGGGCUGCAAUAGGAUGUCACUGGGACUUUAGACCCCACUCAAAAAUACCAAAUUUAAACACACAUCCUCGAAAUGUGAGAGAGGACUAUGGAUAACUAAGUAAAAAAUGUCAGUAGUCACCAUUAUUCAUUCCUGGGUAUUCCUGCAUAGCAAAGAAGUGGUCAGAAGCUGGUGUGUACCAGAAGGAGGUAAGGUGCACUAGUUAGACAUGGCUGUGCAGGCCCUCGCGUGCCGCCCUGUCUUACAGAUGCACCUGGGUAACGGGAGUGAGGACGGCUUUCGUGAAUGUACUUGACCUUGCCGUAGUGAUGGAGGGAGGAGAGGAAAUGGUAACCUCUAAUCUAAUCUUCUUCCAGGUUGUAUCAUUCCUUUUCUAGUAGUGGCAGAAUUUAUUCUGUAAUUUCAAAUGAUGUUAAAGGGGGGGAGGUAUUUUUUUUUAAUAGAUGAUCUCAUUUGCUGAAUGAUUUAAGAGUAAAAUUAGCCACUGCGUGGCUCUGUGUACAGUAACGACAGGUUUCAUUGCACUGUCUGUGGUUGAGAUACCUGUGCAAAGAGAUGCGGGCACAGGGGAGGUAAACAUUAGAGACGUUUGAUAAGUUAUUACUCUUACCUUUAUAUUUGUUUUAAAUGGUACAAACCUGACUUAAUCCAUCUCAAUUUAGUGUUUUAAUACAAAAGGAACUAAAAUUAUUUCAACUGGGGCUUACACAUGUCAAUGAAUAUGGGCAGUAUUUUUAUGCCCGUGUAUUUUCACAUUUAAUAAAAAUAUUUAUGGUCAUAUCCACCA